CCUAGUAUGCAUAACACGAUCAUUUCUCUCUGGUCAUUUCUCUCUGUGGCUGUGCCCUACUGUUGGUAUGCGAAUCAAUAAUAAGAAUUCAUUUAAGGCGCUCGAGGGGAGUCCUCCCAAAGGAAUACAAAAGUCACCCACAGCAAAGCUAUAAUUUUAAACUAUCCACAAAGUCCAAAAGAAGAUCCAUGACACUUCAUACUGAUUCUCAAUGGAAGUCUAAAGUAAUUGACAGAUUCACUUGUUUUUCCCCCAGUUGUUAACAUUAGGAAUGUAGCUUGGCUUUCAACAGCUGAACAUUUGUGUUCCUGUAUUCGUGGAGACAAGCCACAACAGCCACAAUUAAGAAAAUAACAGUGUUACUUUUUUGGUUAGCCACAAUCCUCCCCCAAAGUUUUCUGCCUUUUGUGAUCUAUGGGAACCCCCGAGACCUCCCGGGAGCCUUGCCCUGACCGAAUCCUUGAUGAUGUUGGUGGUGCGUUCGGCAUGGGUGCUGUUGGAGGUUCAGCCUUCCACUUCAUAAAAGGCAUCUAUAACUCCCCUAAAGGUGAGCGCUGGAUCGGAGGCUCUCAAGCAGUGCGCAUGAACGCACCUCGUGUUGGAGGUAGUUUUGCUGUUUGGGGUGGCCUCUUCUCCACCUUUGACUGCACGAUGGUCUACAUUCGCCAGAAAGAGGAUCCAUGGAAUUCAAUUAUCGCUGGUGCCGCCACUGGAGGUUUUCUUCAGAUGCGUCAGGGACUUGCUGCUGCAUCAAGAUCAGCAGCGUUUGGUGGGGUUUUACUGGCUUUGAUUGAAGGAGCUGGGAUAAUGUUAAAUAAAAUUAUGAGUGCCCAACAGAAUUUGCCCCCAAUGGAAGAGCCAGUGCCUAAUAUGCCCCCCGGUAUGCCUGGAUUUCCAAUGGGACAAUUGCCUGGUCAGGCUCCAGUGACUGGUGGGGGCUUGGGAGAUGGAAUGCCGUCAUCGUCAUCAACAUCACCGUCAUCAUCUUCUUCUUCUUCAUGGUUUGGAGGGCUUUUUGGUGGUGGAAAGAAGCAGGAGACAGGUUCCACCAGUGGAAGCAAGACGGAAGUUCUGGAGAGUUUUGAUUCUCCAAGCCCUCCAUCAUUCGAGUACAAGUAAGAUUGGUAGCCCAUAUCCUGACGUGGUUAGCAAAAAGUCCUCUACUAUUUGUUAUUUGAAAAUGUGAUCUUAAUUUGGGGUUUUGGAACUUCCCUAUGUGGAUGGAUUGGAAUCUAUCAUUGUCAUAAAUGUAGGUCCCUUUAUUAUUAUCACAUUUCAUGGUUAAACGCUAUCAUACAGUUCAGUUGUUGGAAAUGUAGUUCCUAUGUUUUCUCCUAUUCGAACUAAAAACCAACAGGUUCUUGGCUGAUUGGUUCUGAUUUUGUUUUCUUUCUGGAUAGUAGCUUACUUCUUUUGUCCUA